UUUUUAUUUUUUGUUUUGCAGCCCUCACCAGAGCCAAUUAAAACUGAUGGUGUUGAAGAAGAUAAGAAGACAGAAGAAAAGGUAGAGGAGAAGGCAAAUGAUAAAGCCGAUGAUGAACAGAAAGGCAAGACAGAAGAAGCAACAUCUGAAAAGAUGGAUACUGACGAGAAAAAAGAGGUACCAAAGCCAAAGACAGAAGCAAGUGUUCCAGAAGAAACAAAAACUCCAGAGAAAGCUGUACCGUUGUAUGACCAACCCCUGGAAAUGAGUGGGAAACGAGAUCGCAAGAAAGUGGAACGUUUCAUACAAGAAGAAAAAAAAGAGGAAUUAAAGUUUGAAGGAAGCGGCACACCCUUAGGAGAUAUACCAUUUAUUGAAUUUAUGUUAAAAAAAACACACCAAGAUGAACUAAAAGUACUACAUAGGGUUGCCUAUGGUCGCCCAGGAAGUGGUGUAGAAAUCAAGAAAAAUCUAAGAAAAUUCAAUGGUUUUGGAUUUACCAAAGAAGAUAAAAAGUUUGAAGGAAAGUCUUUAAGUUUAGAAAAAGUUACGAAGGCUGAAAUUACUAAAAUCUUAAAGAUCUUAGGUAUGGAAGUAGGUGGUUCUAAAAGGGAGAUCGUUGACAGAUUUAUGGAUUUCAUGCUAGAGCCUAAAGAUAUGGGAAGAAAACCUCCAAAAAUAAAGGUCGGUAAAGGAAGAGGGCGACCCAAAAGAGACCAUAACCAAUCUAAGAAUACCUCCACUGAAUCAUACAGUGAAGAUGAAGGAGGUUCUGAUGAGGGGAAUGAGGAUGAGGAGAAUGAUGAAGAAACUACCAAAAAGCGCAAGAAAACUCCAGCUAAGAAGACACCAGCAAAGAAGACCCCAGCUAAAAAACCAUCAGCAAAAAAGUCUGCUGCAAAAACACAAGCUAAUGUAGCCAAGACUGUAUCAUCAGAUUCUGACAGCGAAUCUGAUGAUGAACCAUUGGCUAAAAAAGCAAAACAUCCACCUUCAGAUAGUGAAAUUAAGGCUAUGGUUAAGAAGAUCUUAGAUGGCGCCAACCUUGAGGAAGUAACAAUGAAGAGUGUUUGCAGACAAGUUUAUGACAGCUACCCAGAUUUUGAUUUGACGCAUAAAAAAGACUUCAUAAAAGAAACUGUCAAGUCGAUUAUCUCGUGAUCUGUCUAACAAGUGAUUUGUGCAUAGUACAAAGUUGUGGGUUUUUAUAGAUGUGUCAGAGGAAUAUGUGAGAAAGUUCAGCAUCUUGAGAAGCCAAAAGAGGGCUUGAUGUCCUUUUUGUUUUGCCUUCUGGAUCAUAGCUAUCCCUUGGAAACAUGAGUGUGUAGCUUUAUAUUGGAUUAUUUUUUAUAUCACUGGUUUGGCUUGGUUUGCUUUCAAUCGUGCCAUUAGAAAUUGACAACUCUUUGAUGGUGAGAUGAUAUUUUGAGCUAUGAGUAGGUUGUUUAUACUCAGUUGACAGCUUUUCAUUGUGAAUUAAAAUUGUUACUUUAAUUUUUCAAUUUGCCUUCAUAUUUAAAUUGAGAAUGUAUGUAGUACAUUGUUUUACACCAGAUGUCGAGAUUUAUAUAUAAAUUUUUGAAUCUUACGUAUGCUUCUGUUCUAACAACUAAUUUUUUCAAGUUUAUGGUCAGUGAUUCUGAGAUUUGUGAAACUGAAAUAGUUACUUUAUUUUUUUAAAAUUGCCGAUGCAGAACUGAUUUUAAUCAUGUAUAGCUUUUAUGGCAUGUAGAUAAAAUGCAACCAGUAUUUUUAUCGAGAUAAGAAACCCGUAAUAUGUUACAUUGAUGAAACUGAAACCGUAGCAUUUUCACUGGUCAGAAUCCCUGAUGCUUUUUCCCAGAUUUUACCCUCCUGUUCUUUGUCCGGUAAGGUCUUAAAAUGUAAAAUUAUUCUAAUAAAAUUUUAGUUAU